CAUCUGUAUGUAAUAUACGCUGGCUUAUUUAUACGGCCGGCCUCUCCACCUCUGCUCCCUGCACUACUGCGGCCGCUUGGUGUGUGCCAGCUGCUUGGUGCUUGCCUAGUGAUCGAUGGAUGCAAACAAACCUCAGCGGCCGCAGCAGGAGGAGGACCAGAAGCCCAUGAGCGAGGACAAGACGACGACGAAGUCCCGGGACGGCGGUGGCGAGGCCGAGCCGUCAUCGGAGUCCGGGGAGGGCGACGCCGCCGACCACAACCACCGGGGAUGGAAGGCCAUGCCGUACGUCAUAGGGAAUGAGACAUUCGAGAAGCUUGGUACGAUUGGGACGUUGUCGAACUUGUUGGUGUACCUUACGACGGUAUACCACAUGCCCAGCGUCAAAGCCGCCACCCUCCUCAAUGUCUUCUCCGGCACCAGCAACCUCGCCACUGUCUUUGGUGCCUACAUCAGCGACACCUACCUCGGCCGCUACACCACCAUCACUGUAGGCACCGUCUCCUCCUUCAUCGGCAUGCUCAUCCUCACCCUCACAGCUGCCCUCCACUCCCUCCACCCUCGGACGUGCAGCUCAUCCAAAGGGAAACAAUGUCAAGGCCCAACUGACUCCCAGCUUGCCGCGCUCUUGGUGUCCUUCUUCUUCCUUGUCGUCGGCGCGGGCGGCAUUCGGCCCUGCAACUUGGCCUUCGGGGCCGAUCAGUUCGACCCGCGGACCGCCGACGGCCGUCGUGGCAUUGCUAGCUUCUUCAACUGGUACUACUUCACCUUCACCAUCGCCAUUAUGAUCUCCGCCACCGUCAUCAUCUACCUCCAGAGCAACGUCAAUUGGGCGCUGGGCCUCGCCGUGCCCGCCGCGCUAAUGGGCCUCUCAUGCGCCGUAUUUAUCAUGGGAACGCGCCUCUACGUUCGUGUUCGGCCCGAGGGCAGCCCAUUCACUAGCUUCGCCCAGGUUCUCGUUGCUGCCACCCGCAAGCGCCAGCUCCUGCAAGCUCGUGGCGCCGAGGCCGAGUUGUUCGACCCGCCACACAGGAGCAAGCUCGUCUCCAAGUUGGCGUACACCGACCAGUUCACAUGCCUGGACAAGGCGGCCAUGCGAACCCCCGAGGACUUGCUAUGCGCUGACGGGAAGAUGCCGGUGCACCCGUGGCGGUUGUGCACGGUGCAACAAGUGGAGGAGGUGAAGUGCCUGGCGCGCAUCAUCCCGGUGUGGUCGGCAGGGAUCGUCUACUCCGUGGUGCUCACCCAGUUGGGCACCUACGUCGUGCUCCAGGCGGCGCAGACCGACCGUCGGAUCAGUAACUCCAGCAGCUUCGAGAUCCCACAGGGCUCAUUCAUUAUCUUCCAGAUGCUAGCCCUCACACUCUGGAUCCCCAUGUACGACAGGUUCGUGGUGCCGGCACUCCGGCGCUUCACCGGGCGCGAGGGUGGCAUCACCCUGCUCCAGCGAAUCGGCGUCGGGCUGGCGCUCUCAGUGGUCACGAUGCUAGUGUCAGCGGCGGUGGAGCGCCGACGACGGAGGAUCGGCUCAUUGAUGCCGUGGUUUUGGCUGGUGCCACAACAGUUGCUGGCGGGGCUAUCGGAGGCGUUCGGUGCCAUCGGACAGAUCGAGUUCUACUACCGGCAGUUCCCGGAGAACAUGCGGAGCGUGGCGGGGGCGGUCAGCUUCCUGGGGAUCGCGGUGGCUAGCUACGCGAGUGGUCUGAUGGUGACGGUGGUGCACAGGGCAACGCGACGGCGGGACGGGCGGCCGGACUGGCUGGCUCAAGACUUAAACGAGGGCAGGGUGGACCUGUUCUACCUUGUCACGGCUGCCAUCGCCGCCGUAAACCUCGUCUACUUUGUGGCAUGCGCGAGGUGGUACAAAUUCAAGAAGUCCAGUGAUGACGCCCACGCCAGCGAUGACCUCGAGCUCGAUGAAAGCCCCAAGAAGGCUGCGAAUAAUAUGACGCCGGUUUAGAUUAGUGCAUGAUGAUUAGUAGUAUUACGUAACUGGGAUGCAAUCAUAGAUCGUUAGGUUAAUGGUAAGGUAUAUAUAUAUAUAUGUGUGUGUGUAUGAUCGAUCUUUCAUCCUAGUGGUGAUUAGUAGUACUACUAGGAGGGUUGGGCGUGCUUUGCUGCGCCGUUGGUGUCGUUGGGUUUUUAUUUCUUUUUUACUUUCUUUGUUUCAAAAUAUAAGAUGCAUUGGUUUUUAGAAA